ACUGUUGCGAAUGUUAAUGUAAGGUUCCAACUUCCAAUUCCAAAAGAAAAUACCGAGGUUUGUUCUCAAAACGCAAUAUUAUAUUGCAUAAUACGGCACAAUAUUUGAAAAAUUUAAUUCAUCUCAACAUAAAAUAAUGAGGAUAAACAAUGUUUUAACAAAAUCAUGUCUGGUUAACCAUCAGUUCCGCAGAUACGUAGCCACAACUGAAAAACCAAAAGACAUUACAUCUAAUGUUAAAGGUUUGAGUUCCAAGGUUAUCAUUGCUAACCCGCCACCAGAACGUGUAAGGAAAGCUGCAGAAAACGGUCCCUACAAGAAUCCACAAUAUUUCAGUUACCACAAAAAUUCAUAUUUUGAUGCUGAGAUUGAAAUGCACAAAUACAGAUUACCACAACCUUCAAGUUUAAAGUAGAAAAUAUUCACCAUGGUUUUCUAUAGAAUAUUAUUAAGAUAUGUACCAAUGAUUACUUUCCCAAUAGCUUUUGUGGCUGGUAUUAUUGGUUACAAUAUAGAACGUACAAUAUCUAAUGUAGAAACACCAUCAAAACCCAGUAUUUUAGAAGAAAAACUUAGAAGAAAA